AGCUCGCGCUAGACAGAUCGCCAAGGCUGCUGACCCAAGGUGCCGGUCAGCACGGCUAAGGAUUCUCCCACUCGCAGACACCACCACACCCUCUUCGGCUUGAUUGCUGAAGAAUAUUCUGCUUCCAAUACGCCAGCGCGUGCGCGUAGGAUUCCCCGGUGCCAAUGUACUUGGGACAUCGCUGCACAGGCACGCUGACGCCCCCCAGACUAUCCCCGGAUUGUGGGGUCGGCUAACUGGGCUGCGGUCCUACUUUUCUAGCAAUUGGCGCAUGCCAGGAUGCGGGGGAUUCCCACCCCAACCUCGAGGAAAUUCGACGAGUCAGCGGGGGCUCUCUAGCAGCCAAGCCUUGGGGGCAGAGAAGUCCGCAAGCCACCUGGUUCAAUCCUCAUCCGCAGGCUCAAGAUGGGAGCAGAACGCCACGAGGAGGAGUGCACGAGCGGAUAGAUGUAUACCCCACGGUUGCGUCGUUUAGUCUGAAGUCUGGACGAGGCCCAGACGCAGAGACUCUGGGGACCCCGUGUUUGCUCUGGGGUUAUUCCUGGGGUUAGUCUAUAGCACCGAUACCGACUCCACGGUCCCGCAAGAUCCCCCCUUUUCAACGAGCCAACAACCCCUGGCACAGGCCGCGGUGAAAUAUUUUCAUAUAUCAACCGGGCCUCGCCUCCGACCACCUCCUCUGCGAAUCCUACCCUCCCUCGUGCUUCACCAACCCAACCAUUCGACCCUUCGUCUCACCCACUUCUUUCUGUUUUACAAAGAAAGAGAGACAAGGCCUUUGUUGACACAUCAUGACGCUGCUGGAACUCAAGGAGGACCGGCCCACGCCAAAGGCCGUGUACAACUGGCGCGUCUACACAACCGCCGCCAUCGCCUCCUUCGCAUCAUGCAUGAUCGGCUAUGACUCUGCCUUCAUCGGCACAACGCUCGCGCUCCCCUCAUUCGAGGAUGAGUUCAGGUUCGACACGUACAGCACUGAAGCGCUGGCGCUAGUUAAGGCCAACAUUGUCUCCGUGUACCAGGCCGGCGCCUUCUUCGGUAGUCUCUUCGCCUAUGUCACCUCGUACUUCCUCGGUCGCCGCAAGUCUCUCUUCGUCUUUGCCCUCGUCUUCAAUCUCGGCGCCGGCCUCAUGCUCGGCGCAAACGGUGACCGUGGCCUCGGGCUCAUCCUUGGCGGCCGUGUCCUCGCCGGUAUCGGUGUCGGUGGAGCCAGCAACAUGGUUCCCAUCUUCAUCUCUGAGUUGUCGCCUCCCGCCAUCCGCGGCCGUUUGGUCGGCAUCUACGAGCUCGGCUGGCAGAUUGGAGGUCUCGUCGGCUUCUGGAUCAACUAUGGUGUCAACACAACCCUACCUUCCAACCACGCCCAGUGGAUUAUCCCCUUCGCGGUCCAACUGAUCCCCGGCGGCCUGCUCUUGAUUGGAGCCUUUUGGAUCAAGGAGUCGCCCCGCUGGCUGUUCAUGAAGGGCAUGCGCGAGCAGGGCAUGGCGAACCUGUGCUGGAUCAGGAACCUCAGCGAAAGGGACAUCUACAUUGUCGAGGAGGUCAGCUACAUCGAAGAGGACCUCGAGAAAUACCGCAGGGAAGUCGGUGCCGGCUUCUGGAAACCCUUCGCCGCGCUCAAGAUACCCAAGGUCCAGUGGCGCUUCUUCCUCGGCUCUAUGCUCUUCCUCUGGCAGAACGGUUCCGGUAUCAAUGCAAUCAACUACUACAGCCCGACUGUCUUCAGGGGUCUUGGUAUCACAGGCACCAACACCUCCUUCCUGACGACUGGUUUGUUUGGUUGUGUCAAGACUGUGUUCACAUUCGUAUGGCUCUUAUGGAUGAUUGACAACUUCGGCCGACGCAACCUCCUCAUCUAUGGUAGCUUGGGAGGCUCGGUCUGCAUGUGGAUCAUUGGCGCAUAUAUCUGCGUGGCUGAUCCAGCCAGCAACCCCAACACCUCAGGCAAGCUGUCCUCGGGCGGCAUCGCCGCCGUGUUCUUUUUCUACCUGUGGACGGCCUUCUACACGCCAUCUUGGAACGGUACACCCUGGGUCGUCAACUCGGAGAUGUUCGACCAGAACACGCGUUCCUUGGGCCAGGCCUCCGCCGCGGCGUCCAACUGGUUCUGGAACUUCAUCAUCUCCCGUUUCACUCCUCAGAUGUUCCUCACCAUGAAGUAUGGUGUGUACAUGUUCUUCGCCUCGCUCAUGAUCCUCUCUGCCAUCUUCGUGUUCUACCUCAUCCCGGAGACCAAGUCCAUCCCGCUCGAAACCAUGGACAGGCUCUUUGAGAUCAAGCCCGUGCGCAAGGCCAACAAGGUCAUCAUGGAGGAGCUGCGGAUCCACGACGAGGAGUUCAGGCGCAACGCUGGCGACCUGGACGUGGGCAACGACUCGGAAAAGGCCAUGGUUGGCCAGGUGGAGGAUACCGACUUGAAGAGGGACAUGGCAUAAAGUCCUGGCUCUCGCUGUGCAACAGGUGUCUUAAGAGUAUAUUGUGAUACCAUCUUUUUAAUUGUUUUCCCGGCGAUCGACCUUGACUGUAGAGCAUCUUUAGCGAUGUAUCUGACCGAGAAUAAAAUUGUUCACACUUUCAA